CGUCAUCAUUUCCUCAUACCUCCAUUGGAGGAGGCAAUCAAUCCCCGUACCCCUCGUCCGCACUGUAUCAUUCCUUUCACAUACAUUUAUUUUUCCUAAUUUCUUUUUCUGCCCCCCCAGCUUCAGUCUUCUCCAUUUGGGAUUCUGUCUGCUGCUCUUCGUCGUCGUUUGUUUCUGUAUCUGUAGUGGGUUCAUGCGAGUUUAUGGAGUUGUGAGUUUGCGAUUUUGGGAAAAAAUCUCGUGUUCCAGUGUUAAAGGUUUGAGCUUUCGGGAAGAUGGACGGAUCAACCCAAGAUGGUAGUAGUGUGGAUUCAUUCAUGCGGAACUAUAAGCUAGGGAAAACUCUUGGAAUCGGCUCAUUUGGUAAAGUUAAAAUUGCUGAACAUGCAUUGACAGGGCACAAGGUUGCUGUCAAGAUCCUUAACCGCAAGAAAAUAAAGAAUAUGGAUAUGGAAGAAAAAGUUAGAAGAGAAAUCAAAAUUUUGAGAUUAUUUAUGCAUCCCCAUAUCAUACGUCUAUAUGAAGUCGUGGAGACGAAUACAGAUAUAUACGUUGUGAUGGAAUAUGUAAAGUCUGGUGAGUUGUUUGAUUAUAUUGUCGAGAAGGGCCGACUACAUGAGGAGGAAGCCCGCAUCUUCUUUCAGCAGAUAAUCUCUGGAGUGGAGUACUGCCAUAGGAAUAUGGUGGUUCAUAGAGAUCUGAAGCCUGAGAACUUGCUUUUGGAUUCUAAGUGCAAUGUGAAGAUUGCUGAUUUUGGUUUGAGUAAUAUCAUGCGUGACGGUCAUUUCCUGAAGACGAGCUGUGGAAGCCCCAACUAUGCUGCGCCAGAGGUUAUAUCUGGUAAACUAUAUGCCGGUCCUGAAGUGGAUGUGUGGAGCUGUGGUGUUAUUCUCUAUGCACUUCUCUGUGGCACCCUUCCAUUUGAUGAUGAAAACAUUCCUAACCUUUUCAAGAAAAUUAAGGGUGGAAUAUAUACUCUUCCAAGCCAUUUAUCUGCCGGUGCUAGAGAUUUGAUUCCGAGGAUGCUUAUAGUUGAUCCUAUGAAGCGAAUGACUAUUCCUGAGAUUCGUGCACACCCAUGGUUCCAAGCUCAUCUGCCACGCUAUUUGGCAGUGCCACCACCUGAUACAGCGCAGCAAGCUAAAAAGAUUGAUGAAGAGAUUCUCCAGGAAGUGGUUAAGAUGGGAUUUGACAGGAAUGUACUUUCAGAUUCUCUUCGAAACAGGGUUCAAAAUGAGGGUACUGUCACAUACUAUUUGCUGCUAGACAAUCGCUUUCGUGUUUCCAGUGGCUACCUUGGAUCUGAAUUUCAGGAGACCAUGGAAUUUGGGUAUAAUCGCAUGAAUCCAAGUGAGACUGUAGCAUCUCCUGUUGGGCAACGGCUUCCUGGAGCCAUUGAUUAUCAGCAAUUUGGAGGAAGGCAGUUUCCAGUCGACAGAAAAUGGGCGCUUGGACUCCAGUCUCGAGCCCAUCCUCGUGAGAUAAUGACAGAAGUUCUCAAAGCUCUGCAAGAAUUGAAUGUGUACUGGAAAAAGAUUGGACACUACAACAUGAAAUGCAGAUGGAAUCGUGGCAGUCCUGGUCACAGUAAAGGAACACUCAACAAUUCGAUGCUCGACAGUAACUAUUACGGUGAUGAAUCUGGUAUCAUUGAGAAUGAUGGCAGUAUUAGGCCACAGAAUGUUGUCAAAUUUGAAGUGCAGCUUUACAAAACCCGCGAAGACAAAUAUUUGCUUGAUCUGCAGAGAGUUCAGGGGCCACAGUUCCUUUUUCUUGAUCUUUGUGCCGCCUUCCUUGCUCAGCUUCGCGUCCUCUAAGUUUCUGUGUCAGAGCUCGUAUCGAUCCAGGUGGGGGAUUAGAAGUUGAUGCUGUAUAUAUAAUUGUCACCAGCUAAGCGCCAAGUCCCCUGGCUUUGAGAUGAACGUCGUGCCAAGCCGAUGUUUUUGUUGGACUUGGUUUCCUGCAACGACAAGUUCUCCUUUUAUAAACUGUUUUAACUUUGCUUAUCAUAGUUUUAUGCAUCCGAAAGGAAUCUUUCCAACCCUUAAAUUCUGAUAGUUAAGCUAAGUCAGCUGCAGUUUGCCAGAUGCAAAAUAAUUAAAUCAAAGAUCAUCUUGUGCAGUUUGCUGCUAGUCUUUCUCCUCUCCAUCUAUGCUUCGAUGGUUAUCAGAAUUUUGUUCUUCUGUUCUUAGAUAUAUCCAAGUUCGCACAAUAUUCUGCUGA